UGCAGCCAUACCAGCGAAGAAAGGCUGCUGUCAGGACCUUUGAGGCUGAAUUAAAUGAUGUUACACUGCAGGUACUAAUAUGGUUAAUGCAGGAGACAUGAAUGGUUCUGGGAACUUGAUGGAUUUUUUGGACGAACCUUUUCCUGAUGUUGGGACAUAUGAAGAUUUUCAUACUAUUGAUUGGUUAAGGGAAAAAUCACGUGACACGGACAGACACAGAAAGAUUACAAACAAAAGCAAGGAGUCCAUAUGGGAAUUCAUCAAAAGUUUACUGGAUGCAUGGUCAGGAUGGGUUGUGAUGCUUCUCAUUGGACUGCUGGCAGGCACAUUAGCUGGAGUUAUAGAUCUAGCUGUGGACUGGAUGACAGAUCUAAAGGAAGGAGUCUGUUUAUCUGCAUUCUGGUAUAGCCACGAGCAGUGCUGCUGGACAUCUAAUGAAACAACAUUUGAUGACAGAGACAAGUGUCCUCAGUGGCAGAAAUGGUCUGAACUUCUAGUUAAUCAGUCUGAGGGUGCAAGCGCUUACAUUCUAAAUUAUUUUCUUUACAUUUUGUGGGCUUUAUUGUUUGCUUUCCUGGCUGUUUCCCUUGUCAGAGUAUUUGCUCCCUACGCCUGUGGUUCUGGAAUCCCAGAGAUAAAGACCAUCUUGAGCGGUUUCAUUAUUAGGGGUUACCUGGGCAAAUGGACCCUCUUAAUCAAAACAGUCACUUUGGUUCUGGUGGUGUCUUCAGGUCUCAGCCUUGGCAAAGAAGGGCCUCUAGUACACGUGGCUUGCUGUUGCGGCAACUUUUUCAGCAGCCUCUUCUCAAAGUACAGCAAGAAUGAAGGAAAAAGAAGAGAGGUGCUUUCAGCGGCUGCUGCCGCCGGCGUCUCUGUAGCCUUUGGAGCACCAAUUGGUGGCGUACUUUUUAGCCUAGAGGAGGUGAGUUAUUAUUUUCCCCUGAAGACUCUUUGGAGAUCAUUUUUUGCAGCCCUCGUUGCCGCUUUUACCCUGAGAUCCAUCAAUCCAUUUGGAAACAGUCGCCUAGUUCUUUUUUAUGUUGAGUAUCACACGCCUUGGUACAUGGCCGAACUUUUCCCCUUUAUUCUACUUGGAGUUUUUGGAGGCCUGUGGGGGACACUUUUCAUCCGAUGCAAUAUCGAAUGGUGCAGGAGACGCAAAACCACAAGGCUUGGGAAGUACCCAGUCUUAGAAGUCAUUGCAGUAACUGCUAUCACUGCUAUAAUUGCCUAUCCCAAUCCAUACACCCGGAGGAGCACCAGUGAGCUCAUCUCAGAGCUUUUCAAUGACUGCGGGGCUUUAGAGUCAUCUCAACUCUGUGACUACAUAAAUGAUCCUAAUAUGACUCGACCUGUGGAUGAUAUUCCUGACAGACCAGCUGGUUUUGGAGUAUACACAGCUAUGUGGCAGCUAGCCCUGGCUCUCAUCUUUAAAAUCAUCAUUACCAUAUUUACCUUUGGCAUGAAGAUCCCUUCAGGCCUAUUUAUACCCAGUAUGGCUGUAGGAGCUAUAGCUGGUAGAAUAGUUGGAAUUGGAGUGGAGCAGCUGGCUUAUCAUCAUCAUGACUGGAUCAUCUUCAGAAACUGGUGUAGACCAGGAGCCGACUGUGUUACCCCAGGACUUUAUGCCAUGGUGGGAGCUGCAGCCUGUUUAGGUGGAGUUACCAGAAUGACCGUCUCUCUUGUUGUGAUCAUGUUUGAGUUGACAGGAGGACUGGAGUACAUUGUACCUCUGAUGGCAGCAGCAGUAACAAGCAAAUGGGUAGCUGAUGCCUUUGGGAAAGAAGGGAUCUAUGAGGCACACAUACACUUGAAUGGGUAUCCCUUUCUGGAUGUGAAGGAUGAGUUUACUCACAGAACAUUGGCCACAGAUGUUAUGAGGCCUAGGCGUGGAGAGCCUCCUCUCUCUGUUCUGUCACAAGACAGUAUGACGGUGGAAGAUGUGGAGACAUUAAUCAAAGAGACUGACUACAAUGGCUUUCCAGUGGUGGUUUCUAAAGACUCAGAACGUCUCAUUGGUUUUGCACAGAGACGGGAGUUAAUUCUUGCAAUCAAGAAUGCAAGGCAGCGACAGGAUGGGGUAGUCAGCAACUCCAUUGUGUACUUCACUGAAGACCCUCCAGAACUUCCUGCAAAUAGCCCACAUCCACUGAAGCUCCGUCGCAUUCUUAAUCUGAGUCCCUUCACUGUCACAGACCACACACCAAUGGAAACAGUGGUAGACAUCUUUCGGAAACUUGGCCUCCGACAAUGUCUUGUCACUCGCAGUGGGAGGCUUCUGGGCAUCAUAACAAAAAAGGAUGUGUUAAGACAUAUGGCUCAAAUGGCAAAUCAAGACCCUGAAUCCAUCAUGUUUAACUAG